AUGAACGAGUUAAAACAAACACAACACACAAUGAUAGCGAGAGUGUCGUUAAUCCUAUACCUAAUUAUUGGCCAGUUAUGGGUGGCCGCGGGGCACCCGUGGGAACCCGAGGGGCGCACCGAUGAACCCGGUUGGGUGACAAAACACCAGAGGUUAGUGAACCAGACCCGGGACCACAUGAAUGACGAGGUGAUUGUGUUUGUGGGCGACUCUAUAACCCAUAAUUGGGCCAAUCUUGGAGGCACUGUAUGGGACAAACACUACCGGCGCCGACACGCCUACAAUUACGGUGUGGGCGGCGAUCGCACCGAAAACGUGUUGUACAGAAUCGCUAACAACGAGUUUGACGGACUCGACCCUAAAAUGAUUGUCCUUAUGAUAGGGAUGAACCGUUGGGUGACAAAUGCAAACAACUUAAUACCUUGA